AUGCGUUUUAUCUGGUUCAGCGCGGUUCUUGCCGCCGGGUGUGUGGGAGCUCCGACAGGUCUCAAGCAUACUACGAGAACUACUUUGAACCCGAACGGUGACGUGGUGAGAUUUCCUCCAGUGUCUGGUCAAGAUCUCGAACUAACAGCACAGGCUCCUGUGGGUUCAUCUGAUCCUUUCUGCUUUUGGUAUGAUGCUAACAAUGCCAGGUUGUAUGAACUCGAUUCCAUACUAUUAACCAAAGACAAGGGUUGCUGA